GCGUUACCCGGAAUGAAACGCGGCAUUGCAAUCGGGGUAGUCAGUUCAGUAUGUAUUAUCAUGGUCGCACUUCUUGCGUUCUUUGCGUACAGACGGCGAAAGCAACAAGCUGCAGAGCACACCAAACUGAAUCCUGAAGAGCCAGUCGAGAUGGACGCUGGUGGAGCUUUAUGGCCUCAAGAAAAGACACGACACGUCCAAGCAACACCAAUUGAAGCUGAUGCGCACACUAUUCACGAGCUCGAUGGGAGCGAAGUUCCAGAGUUGCCAGGGCAUUACGAGGGUCAAGAGCUCGCCAACAAGAAGACCCCAAGGACGUCCUACUAUGCUGGUGACGAUUAUGCGUACGGCGCAAGAUUGAUACAGUUGAAUGAUUGGAGUGUUGCGCUGGAUAAUGAUCAACCCCGUCCUCCCCAAGAGCCGAUACAGAACAGCAACCCAUACCUGGAAAUAUCGCCUUCCCAACAAGCAAUAAGCGUGUCGCCCAUC